AUGGCUAGGCUCAGUCUCUUGCAUAUAACUAUCCUACUAACCAUGGUUUCACCUCUGGUAGUUAAAUCUGAAAAACUGAUGAUGAAUUCAAGAAAAUUGGAUGAGCAGAGUAGCCCUCCAGAUUUCGAGAACAAGUGCGGUGACUGCCCUUGUGACAAACCCUGUAUCCCGCCGCCGUCUCCUCCGCCGCCAUCCAUUCAACCGCCGCCGUCGCCGACAAAGAAGCCGCCGCCUAGCGAGUUGUGUCCGCCGCCGCCGUCGUCACCUGGCGGUGAUAAGCCGCCGAGCCCUCCUUACAUAUACAUAAACGGUCCGCCGGGGAGUGUGUACCCUGUUUACCCUUAUUAUUCCGGCGGGAAUCGGAGGUUUUCCGUCGGAAUAUUCCCGUUCUUGAUUAGCUUUAUUUUAUGGCGUUUAGCUUUUUGA